AUGGGGUGCCAAUUCAAGCUGAUGCUCGAUGGCAAGCCGUGUGAUACAGGAAGCUCAAUCGCCGAGUUGAGUGUGGAAUUCCCUGGCGUUGACUUCUCUUCUGUCGACCCCGUCUACCCAGACAAGACUUCUCCUGCUGGAGCCCAGUAUUCCUACACCAAGGAGGCUAUUCUCGGAAGAGCUCGAUCAUCCAUCAACAGCAUCUAUGAGCGAAAGGAGAAGCUGGUUUUUGUGGUUUCACACUCGGGUUUCUUGCGACUCGGGGUGACGGGGCACUGGUUCUUCAAUGGCGACUACCGAGCAUUCGAGCUUUAUAAAGGCGAUGAAGCUGAUAGCAACCCUGAGCUCCGACAGCUUCAGUCAACUGUCGGUGGCGGUCUAGGUAAAUCCUGGACAGACCCUGUUGUCAUUGGCUCUGACUUGCCGGUCCUGGAGAACUCUAUUGCAGGCAUUCAGAGCAGCUGA